ACUGGAGCAGAGCAACACUGACAGACUGGACAACUGCAGCACUGGAGGUGUCUACUCCAGUGAAAAGAUGGCAGGAGUUUUCGCCUAUGAGAGUUCAGAAAUUGACUGGUGUGAAGACAACUACAAGUACUCUGAACAUGUAGUGGAGUACUUCAACACUAUGAGCAGCUUUUUUUUCUUCAUUAUAUCUCCCAUCAUGCUUUACCUUUUGCACCCUUACGCCAAAGAGAGGAACCUGGCGAUUCACAUGGUCUGGACCAUGAUGAUAUUUGUAGGGCUCUUCUCAGCAUACUUCCACAUGACACUUAGUUUCGUUGGCCAGAUGUUGGACGAGCUGUCCAUCCUGUGGGUGUUGGCGUUGGGAUAUGCUGUCUGGUUCCCCCGCAGACUUUUCCCUUCUUUUAUAAAAGAAAGGUCCACAUUUUCGAGCCUCGUCCUGGUGGUUACUGUCAUCACAACAGUGUCAUCAUUUGUAAAACCUACAGCCAACGCCUACGUUUUAAACUGCUUUGGCCUCCAUAUGCUUUACGUUCUGGCAGUCGAGAUGAGAUGGUAUGAAAAUUCUGAUGCUCUGCGACUGGCCAAGCUGUCUGUGGCUCUGUGGGUGCUUGCCAUCUCGUGCUGGAUUAGUGACCGUUUUGGCUGCAGCUUCUGGCAGAGGCUAAACUUCUGCUACCUGCACGGUAUCUGGCAUAUUCUGAUUGUGACAGCUGUGGCCUACGGCAGCACCCUGAUAGCUUACCUGGAUGCCAACUAUGAGAUACCCUACUCUCUGCCUGGACUGCAGUACUGGCCCUGUGAUAAAUGGGCUGUUGGAUUACCUCACAUUGUCCUCAAGGGCACUACCAAAACACAGAAACGUUGCUAACAAAGUUAAAAUCAUUUGUAA